GCCUGUUCCAAUAGGCUUAGCAGCAUUUUUUAUUUUAUUUUUUCUUUUAUCACCGUUCGGGUAAACUAGUUGAAUGCAAUAAUCUGAAAAUUCCUUCGUUCAAAUAAAUUAAAGAAAAUCAAUCAGAAAUAUCUAUGGCAGAACGAAAAGGGAUCGGCGACGCCAACCCAGUUUCUCAGCCGCACAACGAUGCAAAACCAUCAAAUGUGAUCGAGGGGACUAUAAAUGAGAACGAGUCGAGGGUCCAUAAUGCAGAAACACAUGGGAAGAGCGAUGAUAUCAAUGAGAACACUCAGAUUGAUGAAGUCAAAGGACCGAGUGUUGUUCAACGCGUGAAGGAAGAGGUUGAAGCUGUAUUCGAAGCAGUAGUUCACCCCAAGAAAUAGUUUUUUUUUCUUUUUUCAUGAAUUCUUGCUUCAUCGUUUAUCUGAUGCUUCUUGAUUGUAGAAAUGCUAAUAUUUAUUAUCAUCUACUUGAUGAGUAACAUCGCUUGUAUCCAUUUCGGUUAAUUUUAUUGAGAUGAGAUGUGUUUUUUCUUA